UCAUCAAAAUGGUAAAAUGCCUUAUAAAAAUAUCAGCUUUUGGAAUUUGUAAUAACGGUUUAGUCUUUAGUGUUAUAAAAAUGAAUUCUGUAUCGAUUGAUUGUGUUAUUUAAGACUAUUAAGCCAUGAUUGGGAAUUUUUAUUGUCAAUUUAUACAUUUACACUAAGUACAUAACAACAAUAGAUUUUUUUUCGUAUCGACAUAUAGCUGACUAAUAUGUACAGAAAUAUAAAACCUCAUUACUUCUCAAUUGAUGCCAUUAUGGCUGCUCAAGAAAAAAUUCAAUGUUCGUUUAUUAAAAAGGUCGAACAUGUUGAUUUUUUAGAUUCAAUUUACUCUGAUAAAGAUGAAGAAUCUGAUCCAAAAAUUGAACUUCCCUUGUGGAUGGUUAAAGUGUUUUUAGUAGGAAAAUCAAUUCAGUUUGAAAUGCCCAAAGCAUAUAAUGAAAUUUACAGGGGUGUCUUAACAGCUGAUGCAAACGUAGUCGAUUUAUUCAAAUUGUGUAAGCAUUUCUAUUUGUUUGGAAAAUUUUUGUCUCAAUUAGAACAUCGAGAAGCAUAUGAAGUCAGAAGAACUCUUAUUCAAACAUUCAUUGACAGAUUUAAACAGACCAUGGAUUGGGCACAGAAUAUAGAUGACAAUCAGCCAUGCUUUAAUAGACUUGACUGUCUCGAGAGGUUGAUAUUUAAUGAUGCUCGAGUAGCACAGCAACAUUUAAAUACAUAUUUAACUGAAGGAUCAGGUCAAAUGGAAAUCGCUGCUAUGAUAUUGAAUUACAGAAAACGAAAAAUUCAUGAAAGUCGUGUACUAGAUUAA